AGACGACCCGGUGCGCGCCGAGGAGCGGAAGCGGCUGUCGGCGGUGAGCAAGCGCGACGAGCCGCACCGGCCCGCGAAGCGGCUGACCUCGCCGGAGCUGUUCGAGGCCAAGCAGCUGAUCGCGAGCGGCGUGCUCGACGUGCGCGACUACCCGCAGUUCGACGAGGAGCACGGCCUCGCCAACACGUUCGAGGCCACCGAGGAGGAGCUCGAGAUCGAGCUCAACGAGGCGGAGCCCCUCUUCCUCCGCGGCCAGACCAAGGCCUCCGUCGCCAUGUCCCCGAUCAAGAUCGUCCGCAACCCCGACGGCUCGCUGCAGCGCGCCGCGAUGACGCAGUCGGCGCUGGCCAAGGAGCGGCGCGAGCUGCGCGACUCGCAGCAGCGAGCGCUGAUGGACGCAAUCCCCAAGGACCUCAACCGGCCGUGGGAGGACCCGAUGCCGGAGCCGGGAGAGCGGCACAUCGCGCAGGAGCUGCGCGGCCUCGGCUACACGCAGGAGGCGGUGCCGGAGUGGAAGGUCAAGUCGAUGGGCAAGGGCUUCUCGAUCGGUUUCCCGACCAAGAACAAGUCGAUCCAGGAGCAGCGCGCCUCGCUGCCGAUCGCGGCGCUGAAGCAGGAGCUGGUGAACGCCGUCGCGGAGAACCAGGUCCUCGUCGUGAUUGGCGAGACGGGCUCCGGCAAGACGACGCAGAUGACGCAGUUCAUGGCCGAGGCGGGCUUCACGUCGCGCGGCAUCAUCGGCUGCACGCAGCCGCGCCGCGUCGCCGCGAUGUCGGUCGCCAAGCGAGUGGCCGAGGAGUUUGGCUGCCGGCUGGGCCAGGAGGUUGGAUACUCGAUCCGGUUCGAGGACUGCACGUCGCCCGAGACGAUCCUCAAGUACAUGACUGACGGGAUGCUGCUGCGCGAGUGCCUCGUCGACACCAACCUGUCGCGCUACUCGCUCAUCAUGCUGGACGAGGCGCACGAGCGCACGAUUCACACCGACGUCCUCUUCGGCCUGCUCAAGGGCCUGCUCGCCCGCCGCAAGGACCUCAAGCUCAUCUGCACUUCGGCGACCCUCGACGCGGAGAAGUACUCGUCCUACUUCUUCGAGUGCCCGAUCUUCACCAUCCCCGGCCGCACCUUCCCGGUCGAGGUCCUCUACACAAAGGCGCCCGAGGCGGACUACAUGGACGCGGCCCUCAUCACGGUGAUGCAGAUCCACCUGCAGGAGCCGCCCGGCGACGUCCUCCUCUUCCUCACGGGGCAGGAGGAGAUCGACACCGCCUGCCAGAUCCUCUUUGAGCGGAUGAAGUCGCUCGGCCCGUCGCUGCCGGAGCUCAUCAUCCUGCCCGUCUACUCUGCGCUCCCGCGCAUCUUCGAGGCCGCGCCGCCCGGCUCGCGCAAGGGGGUCAUCGCGACAAACAUCGCCGAGGCAUCCCUCACGAUCGACGGCAUCUUCUACGUCGUCGACCCCGGCUUCGUCAAGCAGAAGGUGUACAACGCAAAGGUCGGCAUGGACUCGCUGGUGGUGGUGCCGAUCUCGCAGGCGUCGGCGCGGCAGCGGUCGGGGCGCGCCGGCCGCACCGGUCCGGGCAAGUGCUACCGCCUGUACACCGAGCAGGCGACCUCCCCAUAUCUCCCCGUAUCUCCCCAUAUCUCCCUCGGGAAGCUCAUCCGCCUCUACACCGAGCAGGCGUUCCCCUACUCCAUGGCGUACAAGAACGAGAUGCUGCCCACCAACGUGCCGGAGAUCCAGCGCACGAACCUGGGCAACACCGUGCUGCAGAUGAAGGCGAUGGGCGUCAACGACCUGCUCCACUUCGACUUUAUGGACGCGCCGCCCGUGCAGACGCUCGUCGCGGCGAUGGAGGCGCUGUACGCGCUCUCUGCCCUCGACGAGGAGGGGCUGCUCACGCGCCUCGGCCGCCGCAUGGCCGAGUUCCCGCUCGAGCCUCCGAUGUCCAAGAUCUUGAUCGCCUCGGUCGAGCUGGGCUGCUCCGACGAGGUGCUCACGGUGGUUGCGAUGCUCUCCGUCCAAAACAUCUGGUACCGCCCGAAGGAGAAGCAGGCGCAGGCGGACCAGAAGCGCUCCAAGUUCUUCCAGGCGGAGGGCGACCACAUCACGCUGCUCGCCGUCUACCAAGGCUGGGCGGCGGCCAAGUUCUCAAACCCGUGGUGCUUCGAGAACUUCAUCCAGGCGCGAAACAUGCGCAAGGCGCAGGACGUGCGCAAGCAGCUGCUCACCAUCAUGGACCGGUACAAGCUGGAGAUCGAGACGUGCGGCCGCAACUUCACAAAGGUGCGCAAGGCGAUCACGUCGGGCUACUUCACGCACGCGGCCAAGAAGGACCCGCAGGAGGGGUACAAGACGAUGGACGAGGGCCAGGUCGUGUACAUCCACCCCUCCUCCGCGCUCUUCAACCGCAACCCCGAGUGGUGCAUCUACCAUGAGCUCGUCCUCACCUCCAAGGAGUACAUGCGCGAGUGCAUGGCCAUCGAGCCAAAGUGGCUCACCGAGCUCGCGCCGCGCUACUACCAGCAGGCCGACCCGCGCCACCUCUCCAAGCGGAAGCGCAACGAGCGCAUCGAGCCGCUGUACGACCGCUUCAACGACCCCAACGCGUGGCGCCUCUCCAAGCGGCGCGGCUGAAGUCGACCGCGCGCGCGGCGCUGCGCGGCGCCGGAUCGCCCUCGCCGUGGUCGCCGCGGCGGGGAGGCCUCGCGGGUCACGGUGCAUGGAGGCGCGCUCGGCGGCGGCGCGCCGGCGGCGGCGCGGAGCGGUCUGCUGUCUGCCCCGGCGGGGCGCGGGCGCGAGGUGGAGAGGAGGGGCGCGGGGGCCCAAAACACGAUGUCGACUGUCGCCAGAGAAGCCGCUGUGGUGGAGUGUACUAUACUUGCGCUCACCUCUUUCUACGUAGAACAAGAGCCUUG